UGGGCUACUCUUCUCUUCUUGCAGCUUUCCAGAGUUCUACGUCUGCUCAAGUAUCCAGCCGAGGACUCUGAAAACCCUCCGCAGACACCCGAGCAGGCCUUCAGGCACAUUCAGAACAUUGUUGACUUCAGCUCCAACGUCAUGAGCAGCCUGCUGGGAGAGAAGUUCAUCCACAGCGGGGAAGUGGUCAAACUGCCGCUGGAGUUUGUACGACAGCUGUCAAUCAGAGUUCAGCAUCAAAGACCAGUGUGGCGCUGUGAUAAGGUGAUGGACAUCUACAGCGGUUGUGCUCUGUGUCUGCCCAACCUGACGUUUCCAACUCUCCACCAGCCAACACACACUCCCCCCCUCUGUAUUGAGAUCAAGCCUAAAUGUGGCUUCCUGCCGUCCUCAAAACACGUCAGCAAAGACAUCAAGACUAAAGUGUGUCGCUUCUGCAUGCACCAACACUACAAGGUGGCCAAUGGGACGUGGAAGAAACGCAGUCUUUACUGUCCUCUAGACCUGUUCUCAGGGAACAGACAGAGAAUGCAGUUUGCCAUCAGUCACCUCAUAGAAGAACCUCAGAACAACUUCAAAAUCUUCAAGGGCGGUCAGUGUAUUUAUAGUAGUAAAGAAAGAAGCGACGACUCAUUGGACCUGAACUCUCUGCUGCAUCAUCUCCGACCGUACUUCAUGUACGGAAACAACAGAAUCAACAGUCACGUGACCGGCAAGGCUGUUCUCAACGACUUCAUCCAGGUCCUGGUGAACGCCCUGCUGAGUGGUGGAGGAGGGCACGGAGGGGUGGUGGCGGACAGAUGUGGUGAGGGGCGGAGCUUCUGUGAAGGCAGUGUUUUCAAUAAGGAGCGGAUUCGUCACGGCUCUCAGGGGUUACCUAGCAACAGUGUUUUGUUCAGGAUCCUUCAGACUCAGAUGUUGGACACGUUGGACAUCGAGGGUCUUUAUCCACUGUAUUGCAGAGUGGAGCAACAUCUGCAGGACUUCCCCAAAGAGAGAACUCGUCUUCAGGUCGACGGGCCGUACAACGAGGCCUUCCUGGAAAAGCUGCAGAAAUGUCAGGCUGAGGACGACGGCUCUGUGCAGUACGCCAUAGCCAAGGUUCAUCAGUACCGCAUUGCCAUGACAGCCAAGGACUGCUCCAUCAUGGUGGUCUUGGUGCCGAGCGCUGAGGAAGAGGAGGACAAUGACGAAGGUCUGUCCAGUCAGAGGUGGUUCAGAGACUUCCUCUCAACCAAACCUCCUGCCAUCUCCUACUCCGUCUCCAUUCUGGAUCUGGAUCCAAAGCCGUUCGACGCCAUCCCUCGCCAGCUGCGUCUGGACCAGAAGAUCGUCUCCUGCUACUUGAGGACUGGUGGUGCUCUGCCGAAGUCCUCUCUGCCGCCGCUGCCAGGCAUCUUCACGGCAGCAGAGAGAGAGGACUGCACACUGCUCUUCCACCCGGUGUGAAAGCCCACAAAGAGCAAGAGCAGGCAACACUACAGGCAGGAAAAAAAUCUGACGCCACACUGAUGCCUCGAAGAGAGACGCCAUGUUGAUUCCAGAGGUGGAGAAGAAUUAAAGAGCAGAGCUGUUUAUUCGCAGCAGCAUGUUCUCCUCCUCCUCCUCCUCCUCCUCCUCCUCCUCACUCAGCUCAUGUUGGCAGGUAUCACCCUCUGGUUCCUGCUGCUGCUCAGCAACACAAACCCCAGAAGAAGUUGCAGAUAAAACAAGCAGAUUAUUUUUGUUUCCAGAGAUUUUGUGAUGUUGUGGCAAUUUGACAUUUGACUCCUGUGCAGACGUGAAUCCCAACAUCACCGCUCUGUUCUGUCACAACUCAUAUCGAUUGGAAACCUCGUAACAAGCACGGUUCUUUGGGAUUAAAGAACAGGUUCACAAUGAAGUCGUUCUCACAACAAUAAUCAGGCGUCCAUAUUUAAAUAGCAGCUGGUUUUCUUGCUGAAAUUAUUUCAACUUGUAGUUAAGAGAUCUUCUCCCACUGCACUUUCAAUGUACAUACGUGAUGAGGGGCAGAAUCCACAGUCCUACUGCAGAAACAAAUGUUUCAUAAAUGAGGCUGUAGCUCAUUUAAGUUUCACAAAUAAAGUUGGUAUUUUCUGAAGUCAGUCUUUUCACACCGAGCUGGGACAGAGCAGAUCUGAAGCGUUUCCCACAGAAUGUUAAUCUAUGCGGUUGCUGUGGAGGGGAGGGCUAGGGGGGGGGGGUGUCACCCUGUGAACAUGUAUGAUGAGGGCAGGUGAACUUGUUGCAGCAACACGCACAGUGGGGGUAGUACCUACCCAUGUUGUGCUUAAUUCUGCCUGCAGAGGACGUUUAUGAAUGUUUUUAUGGUACACCAAAGAAGUGAGAGAGCGAGAGAGAGAGGGAGAGAGAGAGAGAGAGCCAGCGGGGCAGAGAGUGUUUAUGUUGUUACGAGAAGUGUUAAGUCUUUUGGAACUAUGGUCGGAGGAAUUAGACCCAGUUAGUUGCCGCAGCCAAAGUUGUCAAUGGAAACGUUUGGUUCAGUAUCUCAUUCUGAACUUUGGUUCUAAAAUCAAACGACAGAGUGUGAGAACAGUUAUCAAACGUUCUGACACCUUCCAGAGUCUUUUUAGUUCAUUUUCCACCUUCGUGUUCAGGAGGUCUUCCCUUGCUGUGGAGCGGUUGUAACACGGAGAGAGAACUUAGAACUAAACAGGGAGAGACUUUGAAAAAUAUCUGUAUAUUUGAUUUAACACAAACUGCUGAAGCCUCAACAGUCUGUGGAUUUUUUCCACACAUCAAGAUCAGAUCUCUGAACUGACAUGAAAAGUUACAGCAGAGGAAACAGUGAUUUCACUUCCACAUGGACGCCUGAGUAUAAGGAACCUGUUCUUUAACCCCCCGCUGUGUUCGUCAUGCUGUGAGGUUGACGAGCACUGAUGAUGUCAUUUCCUGAAUGUAGGUGGGUGGACCGGAGUGUGGGUCCAGGUUGUUUGCCGAAGCAUGUUAACAGAAGGACGAGUUACCAUGGUUACAGAGGAAACAUGGUGGAUCUGACUGCCAAACAGUCUCAGCAGCUGGAAGAAGCAGUUGAUAUGCUUUUUUUUUUUUUAAUUCCAUUAAUUCUUUAAUUUUUAUUCCACGUUGGAGUUUUUCAGUCCAACUGCUCACAUCAACUCAAACUAACUCACGACUUUGCUUCGUCGCGUCACAUUUGACAGUAAAUUAAUCUUGUUAAAGCAACGCGAUGCAACUUUUUGACCUCGGCUCGAUUAAAACCAGUUUGGUUUUCCACUGACUGAAUGUGGAGAAUGUUUCCUCCGUCAUUGCCGCUCCCCACCCUGAACAUCCGCUCUAUGUAACUUCGGUGAGCGCGAACGAUCGUCAGUGAGUCACAGCUUCAACUGUCAGAAUCAGGUCCAGCAAGUUGAAGAGUGAAGCUGAACUGUUAAAAAGAGUUAAACACCAGAGUUUAGCUCCGAUAUUCAACAGGAAACUUUUAAAAUAUGAAGAAUUUUAAACAGAGUUUGGUGGAUUUGUUCCAACUACAGCUUUCCUGGCCCAGUAAGCCGGGGAUCAUGGGUAAUGUCCCCAGCUCAGUUUAGUGUGUGGGACGACACAGUCAGAAAAUCAGUGUUACAUGAAUCCAUGUGUGGCUGCAGGGGGCGCUGUUGUUCAGUAAAAGUUGCAUAGUGUUGCUUCGAGGGUUCAAGCAAACCCUGAGAUAUUGGGAAUGUCUUUUUUUAAAUAUUUCUCAAACUAAACAAUUUUAAUGAAUCAAGAAAAUAAUCUGAUGAAUUGAUAAUAACUGUUAGUUUCAGCCCUUAAUGAGACAAAGUGAUGAAACAGGGGAAGAAGCUGAGUCAUCGCCUGUCGUCAUCCUCAGUGACUGUGACCGUCUCCUUUUCACUGAUGUGACUCUACAGAGGGUUUUCAAGUAGAGCGGGUGAAACUGUAACGAGAGCAGAGGCUGCUGGGAAAGAGUGCAGGCGGGCCGAUGGUCAUGCUGCUGCUCUGCUGGUUGUUGUGCCAUAAGUGGCUUGUUGUGUGUCCAUUUUGUCAAUGUGCCUAAAUGUUCUGGUAGGACUGGAGGACAAGAGUUGUGUGUGUGCGCGCGCGUGUGUGUGAGUGCGUUGAGUGUGUAUUUUGAAACACUCACUUUGUUACAGGCUGCGUUCACAGCUGAGGUCAGAGGUCGUCUGACACCAGCGGUUGUGGACGCAGCCUCGAAAUCUCAGUACCUCGAAUUCCUGACGAUCCGAAGCUCAAGGAUGAGUUCAGGGACGCUGGGAGGUUUCCGAGGACAGUGACGUCACCUGGAGUUGAGACUUGUCACUAGGUUACAGCUGUUUGACGAUUGUUGACGGGGGUUGUCUUUUUUUGGGGGGGGGGGGACUUUUCUAGUCCAGAUUAUCGCAAGUCUUCUCGUUGUCAGGUAGAAACUUUGUGUUCUCGUCGUCCUCUGAAACCAGCAGCGCUCGAGGAGGCUUCAGAUAAACUGGUAACACUUGACUUGAGUUCCUCUGUUCACAGUGUCCACUCUCCAGCCUCCGUCGCCUCCAUCAGCCACACGUCUGAAAACAAAUCACACUACAAGACUGAAGCCUCAGACGACAGAAACUCCCUCACGCUCCACUUUGCUCCCAGCGUGAGACGUGUUGUCAGCGGCUCUGCUCGGCCCAAACACUACAUCAGCAGAUUUUAGAUUCAGCUCCAUCUUUUUUGACUGAAAUCCCAGCGGCCGCAUUUCAGCGUCUGCCUGAGGUUAGAAGGCUGGAGAGUGAACGACAGUGAACUGAACCAACCACUGAUUGUUGUAACUGUUGAAAUGAAGACGCGUCGGGCAGAGCGACGAGGCAGCCGAGGUCUGGACACGUUUAGGCUGCAGCUGUUUGACGGAGACGCGAGUUUGCUUUGACUUAUUUUGAAACUUGAUCAAAAAUGUCACAGAGUUAAAGUUGUGGGACGAAUUCUAAUGUUUACAACAGGAUUCACUGCAGAGGGUUAAAUAUAGUAUACGUUUAUAAUAUGACAACAUUGAAGUUUAUUUAUCUUUAACAACACGAGGCCUCUAUGUUCACAAGUGCAUUUUAUUUAUCGAAGCAAAGUUUUAGGUCAAACGCUCAAAAAACUUUGCAGGUGCUGGUUAAAAAUAAUAAAAAAUUUCAAAUACAAACUCCCUGAAAUGUUUGCAUGUCAAUGUGGCAUCAAAUAAAAAUGACUUAUAUUGUGUCUUUAGACACAAGGAGUGGAAACUUGGGAAUCAUCUUAUGACAUAUUUCAAAAUAGUUGCAGCUUUAAAAGAUUCCCUUUGUGUUUUCAUCUCUUUCAGUAACUUCCACAUAAAAAAAACAACACAUUUUCUUAAAGAUAAAUCUCUGACGAGCUUUAAAACAAACAGUUAUGGUUAUUUGAGUUCCAACCAUUCUGAAAGUAUUUCAGAGGGAAAAAGAAACUUUUGGUCUACUUUGUGAUAAAGAAAAGAUUUUUAAGAUUUAUUUCCAAAUCCAGACCAAUACACAAGAAGGUUAUUAUGAGUUCAAGUAAUGGAAACAAACAUACCUGCUGAACUUCGUGUUUCAUUCUGGAUCCUCAAAACAGCAUUUGACAAAAUCACAAAUUAAGGUUAAAUCACAGACUUUAUCUGUUGAAAUGUAAAUAUCUAACUUUGACGUUCUUCUGCCUCCGAAGAGUUUUCAUGUGUUGAUUUAAAAGAUCUAAAAUAACAAACUAAACCAAACUAAAAACCUCGAGACAAAGCUUUUGUGGAUCUUACGUUACGUUCUUUUUGUCAACUGCUGUUUCCGAGGAAGAAACUAAACUCCUGACAGUAUUUCAACGGCAGCAGAAUGAAACCGUAAAUGAACCUUAAACAACUUUCUGGGUAUUUUAAAACAUCGUCGGGGAUUUAAUGCAAAGAUAAAACUAAGUUUCUAGAGAAAACAAAGUGUCCAGACCUCUGACCUCACAGAGACGCAGCUCCGUCAGGUGACCUGGGCUCUGAUUGGUCGGUCGUCUCUGCCUCCAGCUGCUGCCUGAGCGUCGAGGUGUGGAAACAUCGCAGCACUGUGAUACCUACAGACUCCUGAUUAACGGCGUGUGUGUAAAUAACUGAGAGAAGAGAACUAUUUGAAAAUACAAAGGCGACUCUGCUGUUUGGCAUUUUGUAUUUAAAUUAUUUAUUUUUGUAGAUUUUGACCAAUGAGCUCUGCUGUUACAGCCGUGACCGCCGAGCUCUUUCUAUUGAAUAAAGAUUUCUAAGAGACUAAA